CAUACAUUCACGCAUGUCGUACGUCAGAAAAGAAAGGCGAUUUUUGUUCUUCGAUGCAUAAAAUUAUCCAAAAACACUCAGUUUAUUCGCGGAACAAUUGCAAACAGUGCUUAUCGGUGGAUAAUAAGUAGGGGGAAAAUUGGGUAGACCGGUACCUAUGUAUAUUUACAUAAACUAACGAAGUAUUUGAGCCUUGAUCCACAUCUAUCUCUGCAUAGCUAUUAGCUCCUAAAUUAUAUUAUUUGCGUAGUUUCCUGUGCUCGUGCGACAAUCGUAUAGUUUUAAAUUGAAAUAAAUAUCUUCGUAGCACGGUGACCUCGUGAACAGUGAUGUUUUUCGCAAUAUUUACCGGUGUAGAAAAUUCCGCAGUGUGUGCUAAACAAGUUGAUUGAUGAAGAAACAAUCUACUGAUGAUAUUGGCUGUGAGACCUUUGGAUAUAUCCUUUUCAUUCCCAUUCCCAUACUAUAUUUCCUAGCGACAUUCCUUAACAUAUAAACACUGCCAACGCCAUUGUCAUUCCAUUAGUUACAAACCCAGUGUCUUUGUCAGUGAUAAAAAAUAUAUUUUUAUCUAUAAAAUUCACACGCUUAUAUUGAUAUAUCUACUUUUUAGUAGAAUUUAUGUAUUUUAUACAUUAGCUUAAAUUUUUCUUCAUAGAAAAAUUGUAAAAAGAAUAUUUGCACUUCAAUAUUUUGAGCACACAAUAAUUGACAAUUUAAUUACUAAAUAGAAGCAAUAAUUAGUAUUAAUAUAACAUAUAGCUUUAUAUUUGUCGAUUUGUUUUAAGAUACAAUUCUUAAUCUAAGUCAACGAACGACGAUAGUUAAUCGACGCAUUCGAAAUUUGAAUUUAAACUUGACACAUUCGAGCAUUUUGAUAAACUGACAACGCGUUCGAAAUUCGAAAUUUGAUAUCGACCAUUCGAAUAACAUUUGGACAUUGACAAUUGUGUUCUAUAUUCAAAUCCUGUUCCAAUUCCCAUGAUGAUCUGAUCGCCACAAUGAGUUCCUCUCCAGCCGUGGAGUCGUCGACACCAGCGCCAUCUUCGCCAGCGGUUCGCCUGCCGGACUACCCACACUUUCAAACCUCCACGCCAAAUUAUUUAAAGAAGACGCAUCAGCCUCUGAACGUGGUUCUGUCAAGUUCAGCACCAUCAUCUCCACCAGUUUACGGUGAGCCAACGCUUACCCCUCCACCCCGGUCCCCGGGUGCACCCUUAUCGACUCCUGCUUCAGGUGACCGAGCCCAACCGCCCGACGGUACAUCUUCAGACAAGUCCUCAGAAACGGCGGUAGGCGUAUCGAGGAACUCAAGCACGGCGUUGUCUCGGAAAGAGAGUUAUAAAGCGCAAAGACAACAUUAUAGAAAAGAGAAGAAAAGAGCCGCUACAGCACUUCUGCACUCGAUAGAGGAUCCCUCGGUUGUGGUGUUGGCUGAUUGGUUGAAGGUCCGGGGUUCGCUAAAAUCAUGGACUAAGCUGUGGUGCGUUCUCAAACCUGGUCUUUUACUGCUGUACAAGAGUCCAAAGGCAAAGAGAAGUCAUUGGGUCGGUACUGUUCUGCUGACAUCGUGUCAGGUCAUCGAAAGGCCAAGCAAAAAGGACGGAUUUUGCUUCAAACUCUACCAUCCGUUGGAGCAAAGCAUUUGGGCACCGAGAGGACCUCACAACGAGACUAUAGGUGCAGUGGUGCAACCGUUACCAACAGCACACUUGAUAUUCCGAGCGCCAUCGCAAGCGGCGGGUCAUUGCUGGCUGGAUGGUCUCGAAUUGGCUCUACGAUGCAGCAAUGCUAUGCUCAGAUGUUCCCGCUCACGUCCUGAACAAACGGUAGAAGCGGACGCACCCUCAACCCAAACGAAUAUAUCGCACGAAGAACUAGAGAAACAUUUUAAUGAACACGGAUUCAGGCUAGACUCCUCCAUAUCCACACCCACAAAACCACUUAAACGAUCAUCAUCAAGCGAUAAUAUAAAAACCCUGAAUGUAAAACAAAUUCGCCACAGAAGUCUCACAUCCAGCCCAAUGGCGUUGGAAAUGUUUAAACGCUCGCCGAUACUAAAGUUAUUCGAUAUGCCGAAAAUAAAAUUACGCGAGUCCUUCGAAGAGAAGUACAAUAGACGUAGUUCAACGCCAUCUAUUAGAAAAAGUCGUGUUAAAAAGCGGACCUUGAGAGAGUCCGGCGUCAAAACUGACUCGGAAGAUGACGGUAAUAAGGUGAAAAUGAGGUUUUUUGGGGAGUCUGAGGUUAUAUGUAAUACGCCGGAGAAUAUUUUGAUUACGAAAACUGCGCCCUCAAAUGAGAGGUUCAGGGAUACUACUACGUCAUCGUCUGAUGACGUUCCCAGUAACUGUAGUAGACGGACGACACCGUACAAAAAAUAUUCACUAAUAGAUUACACCAAGUUGCCAUCAGCCAGCUUUGAGGCAUCUCAAACUGGUAAAAGAGAUGACAGAAUUUCCCAAAACAGCGUGUACAUAGCUGGGAAAAUUGUUGCUAACGAACUAGCAGGUGCCGCGUCAGAUACAGACAGCGAAGCCUCCAGGCAGGGGAUGCCGGUGGUGUCGCUCAGUGCUGAUCCCUUAGCCAGGAAACGGGAGGUUCUCAGUCGCAUAGAGAGUCUCUACGUCGAAGACCCGGAUCGGGAGAUCGGAGUGGCUGGUGAAUUAGUAGAAGAAGUAGCAGAAGAGAACAAGUCGUUACUAUGGUUCUUACUAAAGCAAGUGAGGCCGGGAAUGGAUUUGAGCAAAGUGGUUCUACCCACGUUUAUUUUGGAGCCACGGUCGUUCCUGGAUAAAUUGUCUGAUAACUAUUAUCACGCGGAUUUAUUAGGACAGGCUCAAAUUCUAGAAGACCCAUACCAAAGGUUCAAAGGUGUCCUUCGUUGGUACCUAUCAGGUCUCUACCGGAAGCCCAAAGGUCUCAAAAAGCCAUACAAUCCAGUCCUUGGAGAAACCUUCCGAUGUUGCUGGCGACACAAGAAUGAUACCUACACGUAUUAUAUAGCUGAGCAGGUUUCACAUCAUCCCCCAGUUUCGGCGUUUUAUAUAUCGAAUAGGAAAGAUGGAUUCGUUAUAGAGGGUAGUCUGUUAGCUAGGUCUAAGUUUUAUGGUAACUCAACGUCCGCCAUUUUGGAGGGGUGCGCGCGAAUACAUUUACUAAAUUGGGGGGAGACGUAUAUCACAACAGCGCCGUAUGCGCAUUGUAAGGGAAUUGUUAUUGGUACACUUAGUAUGGAGCUUGGGGGAAAGGUGCACAUAAUAUGUCAGGAAACUGGAUAUCAAGCGGAUGUAGAAUUUAAACUGAGGUCUUUUCUCGGUGGCGCGGACCAAACAAAUGCUAUAUCGGGAAGGAUAAAACGUGGUAAAGACACAAUCGCGACCGUCGAGGGAUAUUGGGACGGACGGAUCGAUAUUAAAGAUAAGAAAACUGGGGACGAAACAAGUCUUCUAGACGUAUCAGUAUUAAAAGAGCAGCGACUGCCUCGGUACUUGGUGGAUAUCGAGAAACAACACGAGUGGGAAUCCCAAAGACUGUGGGUCAAAGUCUCCGAAGCCAUAUUGAGUGAGGAUCAGGUGCUAGCGACUGAACAGAAAACGAUAAUUGAAGAGGCGCAACGUGCACGUGCACGUAAUCAGCUAACAACAUGGACGCCGAGACUGUUCCAUAGCGAUACUAGAGCUGUGCCGCCAGAAGGAAUCAUCGACCAAGGAUGGAAAUACAAUCAUACAGAUACAAGUCCCUGGCAACCGGAAGAGAUAAUAGAGUAUGAGGACGAUUUCAUAAUAACGUCCAUAAAAACUGGUGCAUCCAUGGGCACAAGCAACGAGGCGAGGCUCCGGGAGUUGUCGCAUCGUGCUUCGGACUCCGAGAGUCAUGACGACUUGGCUAGGAGAUCUAAGACUUCUACCCGCACAUUAAAACAAACGCUACACUCGAUAGACUCGACGCUACGGGAACAAUCAAUCGCCAUAGAAAGAUUAACGAAAAGUGUUGAAAUGUUAAACGAAGGACAGAGGGCAGCUGCCUUUCACCCACAAAAUGUUGCCAGAAUACCCACAGCCUCACAUUCUUGGGACCUUUUCGGUGGAUUUGUACUCGCUAUGGUGUUACAGGCCCUUUUAAAUUGGAUCUUCCACCAAAGAGAGCAGAGGGACUAGUCCAAAUCAUUUUGUAGACGUUUUGACUAUUGCCGUCCCGCUCACGCUUGUUAGAAUGAGCGAGACGGCGAUAGUUUGAGAUUUUUGGCAUGUGUGAAAAUACGUCGUUGACGAUUUGUUAAUUUAUCGAUGAUGACAGCUGACAGCUGAUGUUUUGACAGCAGGAAUGUCGUCUAUACAUACUUGCCUAUAGCUUUUGUGAAUUGUAUAUUAUUAAUUUAGAUAUUCAGAGCUUAUCGAUAAAAUAAUUUUUAUCAAUAAUUAUUAUAUUGCUCGAAUUGCGAUUUUUUUUUAUUGUUCAAGUCAAAAAUAUACGCCUUGAGAUUUUACGAUGA